ACAUUUGCAAUUUCUUGUUCACAGUAACUCAGAAUAUGCAAAACUGCAAUUGAGUUACACAGUUAUUAAAAGAUAUAAAUCUCUUCAAAUUUUGGUGAAAAGUUAGUGAAAUUAAUCAUCUGAUCAAGCAACAUGCCUAAGAAUAAGGGAAAAGGAGGUAAAAACAGGAGGAGAGGAAAGAAUGAAAAUGAAACCGAAAAACGUGAGUUGGUAUUCAAAGAGGAUGGUCAAGAAUAUGCCCAAGUAACAAAGAUGUUAGGAAAUGGUAGAUUAGAAGCCAUGUGCUUUGAUGGUACGAAAAGAUUGUGUCAUAUUCGAGGGAAACUCCGGAAAAAGGUCUGGAUCAAUCAGGGUGAUAUUAUCCUCAUAGGCCUUCGUGACUACCAAGAUGCCAAGGCUGAUGUUAUUCUCAAAUACACCUCAGAUGAAGCUAGAAAUCUCAAGACAUACGGCGAAUUCCCUGAAUCCGUUAGGAUAAAUGAAACUGUUACUUUUGUUGAAGAAGGAUUGGAUGAAGAUAUUGAAUUUGGAGAUGAUAUUAGUUCAGGGGAUGAAGCAGAUCCAGUUGAUGGAAUCUAAUAAAACAUUUUAAUGUAAAGACAAACAUAGCUGUAACUUAUCAUCUACCUGCUGAGUUUGUUUGGAAAUAAUGUUGAAUUAAAUAAUAAGAUUUG